AUGUCACUCACACGAGUAGCUUCCAUCGAUGGCUUCGAACGAGAGAGAAGAGGGUCCAGCGUCUCUUCGCAGCGAAGAAUGAGUUUCAACCCUGUGACUGAAUGGAUGCCGCCCAAAGACCGGAAAGCCAGUAUCGUCUCAAUUGCCUUGCAGUUUGAAGAGGUUUCCAAACGAAAACGCAUACUCCAGGUUGCCAUUGCCAUAUUAUACUGCCUCUUCGCGGCCGGAAUAGUAUUCGGUUACGCAGCCAUCAAACCUGUCUUGAUCGAUGAAGGCGUCUUCAAAGACCUGUGUACCCCAGAAGAGGUAGACAAGCACGUCUCGCCAUGUUACAAGCAAGAGAUCCGGUUGAACUUGAUGUUCACCGUAGCAGCAGUCUCAACCAACGUCGCCGCCCUCCCUAUCGGCACUAUCCUUGACAAGUACGGUCCCAAAGUCUGCGGUAUCAUAGGCAGCAUCUUCCUCACCGCGGGAGCACUGCUCUUUUCCUUCGCUACCAAAGUCGAUGGGGACCUCUUUACACCAGGCUACUUCUUCCUCGCCCUUGGUGGUCCUUUCGUCUUCAUCUCUUCUUUUCAACUCUCCAACACCUUCCCCCAAAACUCCGGCCUCAUCCUUGCGCUCCUGACGGGUGCGUUCGACUCCUCAUCGGCUCUCUUCCUUGUAUUCCGCCUCGUCUAUGAAGCUACCGGCGGGAAACUCAACACCCACCGCCUCUUCCUCCUCUACCUCAUCGUCCCCAUAUUCAUUUUCAUUGUCCAGGUUUUCGUCAUGCCAAAAGAAUCUUACAAAACUGUCAGCGAAGUGGUCAAGGACGCCGAAGAGGAAGUCAAUGCUCCUACUCCCCCCGAGGCCUCCGAAGAAGAACGCCGCACUCUUCACGACCGAAGGGAAAGCACCAUCCAAGAGAUCUCGCUCCUGCUGGACAAGUCGACCAAUACAAAGCGUCAGAAGCGAGAAGAGCACAAGAAUGCCAAAUCUGGAGUGUGGGGAGCUAUGCAUGGCUACACCGCUCUUCAGCAGAUCAAAUCUCCAUGGUUCUGGCUCAUCACACUUUUUACGGUCGUGCAGAUGACACGGAUAAAUUACUUCGUCGCCACGAUCCGGCCGCAAGAACGUUACCUUCUGGGUUCCGCCCACAAAGCGAAAAUGGUCAAUGACUUUUUCGACGUGGCACUUCCCCUUGGAGGUGUGCUGAGUAUCCCUUUUAUUGGCGUCUUGCUGGACAACACAUCCACGCCCUUUGCCUUAGGAUUUCUCGUGGUCGCAGCCACCAUUAUUGGCAUAUUGGGCUGCCUCCCUUACAUGUGGGCCGCCAUCGCCAACGUUUGCCUCUUUGUCGUAUAUCGACCCUUUUAUUAUACCACCGUCUCAGAUUAUGCCGCCAAAGUAUUCGGAUUUCAAACUUUCGGCAAAGUCUACGGCCUCAUCAUCUGCCUGGCGGGACUUUUCAACUUCUUGCAGAGUCCCUUGGAUGCCGUUACGCAUGUCGUGUUUAAGAAUAACCCCGUGCCGGUCAAUGUGAUCCUCAUGAGUGUGGCGGUGAUUGUGGGCGCGGCGUUGGUCACGUUCACCGCGGUCCGAGCGAGGACAAUGAAGAGGGACCUCUUGGAGGAUGAGGCCGAGGGAGCAACCGAGUCGUUAAUGCCCGGUGCCAUGGCGAAUGGGAAUGGCUAUGGGACGUGA